CUACGUCGUGUCGAGGAAAAUCGAGCCUUUCUACAAAGGAGGGCAAGUUAAGAUAAGCCAGAACGGGGAACAUCUGUUCUGUUCUUGUGGGACCAAAGUCCACAUCCUAUGCAUCGCAACAGGAGCGCUUGUUCACAGUAUUGAACAGGAUGAUCAAGAGGACAUUUCGACCUUUGUUCUCAGCGAUGACGAUGAGAUCCUUGUGACGGCGAGCCGGGCCCUGCUGCUGAAGCAGUGGGAAUGGCGAGAUGAGAAGUGCAGCCGCACAUGGAAGGCGGUCCACACGGCUCCUGUGGCCAGCAUGGCCUUCGACCCAACGUCCACAUUGUUAGCCACAGGUGGCUGCGAUAGUACCAUUAAGGUCUGGGACGUGAUCAAGCAGUAUUGUACCCACAACCUGAAAGGCUCGUCGGGGGUUGUCCACCUUGUCAAGUUCCAUCCCGACAUCUCCCAGCUGCAACUCUUCUCCUCCUCCAUGGACUACAAAAUCCGCCUUUGGGACCUGAAGUCUAGCAAAUGCAUCGCCCUGCUGGAGAGCCAUUACAGCGCCGUCACCUGCCUGGCCUUCUCCGCGGACAGAGAGACGCUCGUCAGCUCCGGUCGCGAUAAAAUCUGUACCGUCUGGGAUCUGAAUACAAGAGCAGUCAAGAGAACUGUCCCCGUCUACGAGAGCGUCGAAUCCGUCGUCCUGUUGCCUGAAGGAGUAGACUUUUCGGCCUUGGGUGUGAAGAAAUCAGGUCUUCACUUCCUCACCGCAGGCAGCAAAGGUAUCCUCCAGCUCUGGAACGCGUCCACCGCCGCCUGCGUGUACAGCCAGCCGCUGCCCCGCCAUCGAGCCGCUUCCGAGGAAGAGGCUGGCGAGCACAGUCUGGUGCACUGUGCGCUGGUGCCGGUGAGAGACGAGAUCGUCACAGUCAGCGCAGAACACAACAUCAUCUUUUAUGAUGCACGGACGCUUCAGCUCAGGAAGCAGUUUGCAGGUUACAAUGGAGAAGUGUUGGAUGUCCGGUUCCUGGGACCAGGGGACUCCCACAUUGUCGUGGCCACCAACAGCCCCCAACUCAAAGUCUUUGAGCUAGCGACGUCUGACUGCCAGAUCCUGUACGGCCACACUGACACGGUUCUUGCCCUGGACGUCUUCCGGAAGGGGACGCUGUUCGUUAGCUGCUCUAAGGACAAAAGCUUCCGAGUUUGGCGGAUGAAGAAAACCGGCCGGGUGGUCUGUGUAGCGCAAGGAUUGGGGCACGCAAACGGAGUGGGUGCCAUCUCUUGCUCCAGAAUGAAAGAGAGCUUUGUGGUCACGGCCAGCCAGGACUGCACCAUCAAAGUGUGGCACCUCCCUGAGUCCCUCUCCGCCAAGGCGAAAGCGGCCGGCUCCGAAAUCCUCCACGCCCAUCUCACGGAGAAAGCGCACGACAAGGACGUGAACAGUGUGGCGGUUUCCCCCAACGACAGGCUGAUUGCCACGGGAUCCCAGGAUAAGACGGCCAAGCUGUGGGCCUCGCAGGACUGCUCGCUCAUGGGGGUCUUCUCGGGACACAAACGGGGGGUCUGGUGCGUGCAGUUCUCCCCCGUGGACCAGGUCCUGGCUACCUCCUCGGCAGACGGCAGUGUGAAGAUCUGGGGACUCCAGGACUUCAGCUGUUUGAAGACUUUUGAAGGUCACGACGCUUCCGUCCUGAAGAUCGUCUUUGUCAGCCGAGGAACACAGGUGCUCAGCAGCGGCUCUGACGGCCUCCUGAAACUCUGGACACUAAAAAACAAUGAGUGCGUCAAGACCUUGGACGGCCAUGAGGAAAAAGUUUGGGGCCUCCACGCCAACAGGCAGGAUGACAUGGUGGUUACUGGUUCCAGCGAUUCUUCCAUCGUGCUGUGGAAGGACGUCACUGAACUGGAACUCGAAGAGGAGCAGGCGAAGCAAGAAGAGCAGAUCCUGAAGGAGCAGGAGCUGUCGAACUUGCUGCACGAGAAGCGGUACCUUAAAGCGCUGGGCUUGGCGAUCUCCCUGGACCGGCCGCACACGGCGCUGACGGUGAUCAAGGCUAUCCUCAAGGAAACCAGUGGAAAGGAGGACUUGGAGACGAAUCUGCUGAAGCUGCGGAAAGACCAGAAAGAGGCCGUGCUGAAAUACGCCGUCGCUUGGAACACGAACUCGCGGAACUGCCACCAGGCCCAGGCUGUGGUCCAGACCCUCCUGAAGCACGAGUCGCCCGAGUCCCUCUUGCAGCUGGAAGGGAUCAACCGGGCCGUGGAGUCUCUCCUGCCCUACACAGAGCGCCACUUCCAGCGGCUGGGCCGACUGCUGCAGGCCACCACCUUCCUGGACUUCAUGUGGCAGAGCAUGAGGCUGGGCGACGCCUCCCGACGGGACGAGGACAUGAGCACAUGACUGGGGUGUGCGGGGAGCCAGUCGAGGACGGAGAGGCCGUGGCCUACCCAGCCCCCCCCCCCUCUAGCUGCUCCCCCAGCUGUGCAUCUUGGCUGGCAUUUUUGCGCACAGCUAAUUUCUAAAUAUUUUUAUAAAUAAAUGUUUGG